AUGUUGAAGUCCAUUAUCGUUCAGAGGGACGCAGUAGAAGCGCUGGCAAAUGACAGAAUAAUGAGGAAUUAUCCAGAUUUCCGUCGCCCGAUGCUUUUCCAGCACUGGUCUGAAGCCCUUGAUGUGCUAUCCAAUCUGAUAAAUGUGCUUCAGCCUUCCUUGGAUGUAACACUGGCAGUGUCAUCGGCAAAUGCUGACUUGUCUUCGUACGUCCCGUUGGUGAAGGGGAUGUUGAGGCAACUUGAGGCUCUCGAAACGGACGGUGAUCGAGUAAGGGGUGUGGGGAGCAUCCUUCGUGAUCUUCAUGACGGAAUGAAGAAGAGAAUGAAGUGGAUUUUAGAUCCAGAAUCAUGCCCAGACAUUGUUGCAGAUCCAAACAUCGUCUACCGCACUUUCCACGCUUCAACAUUCAUGAAUCCAAGGUAUAAAGCUAAGUUUGCCCCAAGGAGGGAUGGAGCGAAAGAGGCCAUCAAGACACAACUCCUCGAGAUCGCUGGAGACCUCAUUACAGUUCCGUCACCGAUGGAUUCGAACGACAACCACAAUGAGCACGAGGAUGAUGAACCCAACGUUCCCAUGCGUGAACAUCCUGGAGCAGCUCCUGCUCAGGCUCCUCCACCUCCACUGAGCCUGUCAUCUGCUAUCGCACGAGCAAUGGUUUCCUCAUCAUCAGACGAUUCAGAUGAUCAGAUGGCCGCGGUUCCACGAAGACCAGCGUAUGUCGUUGCCUUUGAGAAUGAAUUGGACCUCUAUCUUUCUCAGCCACGGAUACAGCCAACAGACGAUCCGCUGGAAUAUUGGUCACAUCAUCGUGGCACGUUCCCACACCUUGCGCCUGUCGCCGCAGCUAUGCUGGCUAGUCCACCAUCAAGCGUCACAAGUGAGCGCAUGUUCAGUGUUGCGGGGGACGUUCUUACUAAGAAGAGAUGUGCGCUGAAACCCAAAAAUCUUGAGAUGCUGACGAUGAUUAAAGUGAAUAAACUCUAUCUCGCUGACUGA